CAGACUCUGUGUAGUUCCUCAACUUUAAGUCUUUCUGUUGUUCGGUCGUCGGUGCGAGUGACGAUGCCGCGGCCGUCGCGCGAGUCCUACGGCGACCAGAAGCCGCCAUACUCAUACAUUUCGCUGACUGCCAUGGCGAUUUGGAGUUCGCCGGAGCGGAUGCUGCCCCUGUCGGAAAUAUACCGGUUCAUAAUGGACCGGUUCCCGUACUACCGCCGCAACACCCAACGCUGGCAGAACUCCCUGAGACACAAUCUUUCUUUUAACGAUUGCUUCGUGAAAGUGCCCCGACGGCCGGACCGGCCCGGAAAAGGCGCCUACUGGACUCUACAUCCGCAAGCUUUCGACAUGUUCGAAAACGGUUCCCUGCUUCGCCGUCGCAAGAGAUUUAAACUGCAGAAAGGCGAAAAAGACAAUUUGAAUGCGGAACUGGCGGCUCUCGCGAGCUUUAACAGGGCUUUCCUAGCGCGGCAAGCGGGAGCGCCGCCGCCGCCGCCGCCGCCCACCGCGAGUUUGUACACGCCGCCCAUGUGCCCUCAGUUGAGUCCGGAGCCGGCUGAAUUACCUGAAGUUGCGUCGGUCACGAUGCUGCCGCGCGAGAGACCGAGACGAGCGUUCACGAUCGAUGCUCUCCUGGAGCCGGAGCCGCCUCGGAUGUCGCCUUCGCCGCCGAGUUCCUUGCUAAGCAUGCAGGCAGUGCGAGCGAUGCCGCGGAUAGAGUUCUCGAUGCCGUCGCCGUACGUGCUGGCGGCGCAGCGCUACCAGGCCGAGCUGCUGCAGGCGGUGCACGCGCUGCGCCCCUGCUACCUGCCGCCGCCGCCGCCGCCGCUGCCGGUCGCGUGACAUCAUCCCUCUCUCGCAAACUGCUCCAAUAUUUCGUGCAAUGCUAGGUUGUAAGUACAGAAUACAUUUUUUUACGACUUAUUAUCCUAUUACUUAAUUCAGUCUCAAAUCUCAUAACAGCUCGUUAAAUAACAUUCAUUAUACCUACUGAUUGUAAUGGAACAGUCAUUAGUAUUAUUUAAGGAGUGUUAUAUUAUUAAUAAACAUAAGUAUAGAGUGGUACAUAAAAUUUUAAUGUGGACAGUUGGCAAAAAAGCCUUUGCGAUGUACCUACCUAUCUAGGUAAAUAAAUAAAAGCGCAGACGCGGCGGGAGGCCUAAAUUGCUCGCACGGAGCAAGAUCAUGUUACUGCCAGGACAUUGUUAAUAUAAUUUUAUUAGGUAGUGAAUAGUGAUCUCACUUGUAGAUAUUUAUAAAUAGGUAGUGAACAUUUAAUAUUAUUUAUUAAAUCCAAAAUAUAAACUUUAAUAGCUACUUUCGGUUAAUACCUAAUGUCAUUUAAGAUAUGGCAUGUAAAUAAUGUUGUAAAUGU